GCUUUGCAGUUUGUUGCAGGGCAAGAAUUUUUUUGAUCAGGUUGGAGCAGUUUUUUCGGGCUUACGAGUUCACGCGUGGUGUUUGUGAAGGCCGUACGUGUUGAGUGUGGAAGCAGCGAGGACUGUACUCUGAUUUUACGCUGGUGUACGAGGGAAGGUGCACCGAAGGAGCUCGUCCGUUUUCGGAGACGAAAAUGAUGGCCCAAGCCUCGCUGUUAUCUUUCUUCGGGAAGAAAGCGGACAAGGAGAACAAGCCUCUGCCUGCUACCAGCGCAAAGACAGCAACGGGAAAGGAUGAGACGGCGGCGGUAGCAACAGCAGCAGCGACGGAGGGUGAGGACAUCAUCAGCAAGGAGGCCAGUGACGCGAAGACCACCGCCGAUCAGACUGCCACCGUGGUGACGGGCAAGCGGACGCGCAAGGCCAUCGAGUCUGGCAGCGAUGCUGAGCAGGAUGAUACCGCUGUAGCUGUCAAGAAGAAGAAGAAGCGCGUAUCAAUUGCCGAAACGCCAGUGCAACAAGAGUCUGCGCCUAGCUCCAAACCCCGCACUGUCGCAUCACAAGGCACGUCAGAAUCACAGGAUGAUGGCAAUGCCUCUCCCACAACACCUCGCUCAAAGAAGCAGCGGCGACGUAAGGUUCGUGUUCUUGCCUCGAGCUCCGAUGAGGAUGACGACGAGGACACCAGUGCUACAUCGCCUCAUACCAACACUUCGUCCUCUGUCGGGAGUAACAGCAAGAGCAGCAAAGAGCAGUCUGACACAGCCAUGGAGACCGGUGAUGACGACGAGGAAGGUGGUGAGACGGUAUCGGAUGCACCCGAAGCCGCUGCUGAGGAAGUCACCAGUCCAAAGGAAGCUGGCAAGAGAGUGACUGCAACCAAGAGCAAGCCAGUGAAAAGCGCCCGUGGCCGCUCCCGUGGUAACUCCAUGCUGAUGAAGAAGAUUGCCAGUGUGGGAAAGAAACCAGCCGAGCAACAACAGAAGAUCAAAUCACCUCCGAAAACCAAAGCAACCGAGAAAGCUGCUGACACGCCUGUCGCCAAGGAAGAGGAGUCAAAGGCUGACACUGCAGAGGCCUCCAAGACUGAGGAAGCUACAGCCGAAGAAACCAUGAAUGUGGUUGAGGAUGCGCCAGCCACUCAGGACGUACAGCCCGAUGCACUGGAAGCUGAAGCUACAGUCACAUCUGCUGACAAUGCCGAAGCAGACGAUGAACCUGCUGUCACCGCUCGUUCAAAGAGAACACGGCGUAAAGUUCGUGUACUCGACUCCAGCUCUGAAGACGAGGGCGAGGAGGAAGAGAAGAAGAGCAAGGAAACAAGCAGUCCAGUGAGCAAGAAGACAAGUGCUUCGAGGAAGAAAAGCACUCCGUCCUCUUCAUCGCGGCAGCCGCGCAGAAAGACCAAAGACGCUGAUUCUGCUCGUCCAGCUGAUAGUGCUGGCAAGGACGAAGCACCGAACACCACCACCUCCGCGGACACUGGUGAGAAAGAGGACACCACCCCCGAGGAGACUGGUGGCGAUGCUCAGGACACCGAGAAGAGGGUCAGCGCCACCAAGAGCAAGCCGACGAAAACCGCUCGUGGUCGUUCCCGUGGCAAUUCGAUGCUGAUGAAGAAGAUCGCCAGUGUGGGCAAGAAGCCUGCUGCAGAGCAACAGCCAGACAAGACGAAUCAGACAACGGCGACGACGACGGUGGCGGCGGCAGAGACGGAGCAGACAACAGCAGCAGCAUCUAGUGCGGACAAUGCGGUGACCGAGGAGUCCGAGAGUGCAGACACCACCCGCACCACGGACGUUGCGAAGGAGGAGAAGGAAGAGCCUAUGGACACUUCCUCAGAACCCAUGCCGACACCAAUCACCUGCAAAGUCAAGGCUGAGAGCAAGACAGCAGCUUCCGGUGUGAAGAGUGAAGGUACAUCCUCGACGGUGGCGACAGGCAAGGCAGCGAGUGUGCUGUCAUCGUCGUCGUUGUCAUCGUCUGCUAAAGGAGGACACAGCUCUAUGCCGAUGCCAGCCAUCAAUGCGUCAUCGCCGAAGAAACGCAUUCCGCUGUCCUUCUUCUCACCCAAGAGUAGCUCGGUUCAGACAGCGACCAAAGCAUCGUCUACUCCGGGGUCAGCGACUACUGAUGAGAAGAGCUGUCAGCCACAAGUCUACAAUCCAGCCAAGGCCAAUUACCAUCCAGUCACUGAUGCUUGCUGGACACUGGAUAGUAAAAACGUUCCGUAUUUGGCACUCGCCCGCACACUGUGUCUGAUAGAGGAGACAUCCGCAAGGCUAAAGAUCACGUCCAUCCUGUGCAACUUCUUCCGCUCUGUGAUAGCCCUGGCGCCCGAUCAAUUGCUUGCGUGUAUCUAUCUCUGCCUGAACGAGCUUGGACCAGCGCACGAAGGUCUGGAGUUAGGCAUCGGCGACUCCAUCGUCAUGAAGGCCAUUUCAAUGGCAACAGGACGGUCUAUGCAGGCGUUGAAGAGUCAAAUGGUUGAGCUAGGUGACCUAGGGCUGGUUGCAGAGAAAAGUCGCAGCAAGCAGAGUAUGAUGUACGUACCGGCCGCGUUGACUGUCAAGAAAGUCUUCUCGCAGCUCAAGGACAUUGCACAGAUGACAGGAAGCAAGUCUCAACAGAAGAAGAUUGAAAAGAUCAAUUCUCUGCUCGUUGCUGGUCGCGACUGUGAACCACGGUACAUCGCACGAUCUUUGACGGGGAAGCUGCGUAUUGGUCUUGCUGAGCAGACUCUGUUGAUGGCACUUGCUCAUGCCGUGGUCUACACGCCUCCCAGCUCAGAGAUACCAGUUCCAAAGCUGGACUGCAGCCAUGGUGUCAGUGCGGAGAAGUUCAAGGCGCGUUUGGACGCGGCAACUCUCAUCGUCAAGUCCACGCAGAGUGAGCUUCCCAACUACGACGAUAUUGUACCGGCUCUGUUGGAAUACGGCGUCGACGAACUUCCACAGCACUGCAAGAUGACACCAGGUAUACCUCUCAAACCUAUGCUGGCCCAUCCGACCAAGGAGAUAGCAGAGGUGCUGCGUCGCUUCGAUGGCUGCGACUUCACGUGCGAGUACAAGUAUGACGGAGAGAGAGCUCAGAUUCACUUGCUGGAAGAUGGCAGCAUUCGCAUUUUCAGUCGCAAUCGUGAGGACAACACUAGCAAAUACCCGGACAUCAUAGCGCGGAUACCCAAUAUGGUGAAAGAGGGUGUGAAGUCGUUUGUCAUCGACACAGAAGCAGUUGCUUGGGACUGUGAGAAGAAGGAGAUUCAGCCAUUCCAAGUCCUCAGUACACGCAAGAGAAAGGAUGCUGACGCCAGCGAGAUCAAGGUGCAGGUGUGCACGUUUGCGUUUGAUCUGCUCUAUCUGAACGGCAAGUGCUUUGUCAAGGAACCUUUCCGUGCACGUCGGCAGGCGCUACAGGACUCGUUCAACACCGUCGAUGGAGAGUUUAUGUUUGUGACACAACGUGACUGCACAGAGCCGGAGCAAAUCGAGGAGUUCCUGGACCUCUCCAUCCAAGGUAAUUGCGAGGGUUUGAUGGUCAAGACGCUAGACAUUGAGGCGACGUACGAGAUUGCAAAGCGUUCUCACAACUGGCUCAAGGUGAAAAAAGACUAUCUUGAAGGCAUGGGCGAUUCUCUAGACCUGGCAGUGCUCGGCGGCUACUUUGGUGCUGGAAAGCGCCAGGGAGUGUAUGGUGCAUUCCUGCUAGCGUGUUACAACCAGGAUAGUGAACAGUAUGAAACCGUCUGCAAGAUUGGCACAGGGCUGAAGGACGAUGAGCUGCAGAAGCACACAAAGUUCUUCACCGAGCAUGUUCUUGGUGGACCGAAGUCUUACUAUUCACAUGGCAGUGGCGCACAGCAGCCUGAUGUCUGGUUUGAUGCUGUCCAGGUGUGGGAGGUGAAAGCUGCUGACUUCACCAUCUCUCCAGUCUACACAGCCGCAUCCGGUCUGGUCGAUGCCAGCAAAGGCAUCUCGAUGCGCUUCCCGCGCUUCAUUCGUAUCCGUGACGACAAGAAAGCGGAGGACGCGACCAGCAGUGAACAGAUGGCAGACAUGUAUCGUAGCCAGCAGAACAAGAAGACGUCCCAUGCCAAACCCGCCGAUGACGAUGAGUUCUACUAGCGACGUCGGGGAGACGAGAGGGGAGUGCUUCUGUUGGCCAGUGCAGGGAGCGCUUCUGUUGGCCAGUGCAGGGCUCGCUUAGCCGAUGGUGUAGUCAUAUCUGUUACUGUGACUCGUUUUCUUGGCUACGGGUGUUUGCACGGUAUAGUCCGGUACAUUGACGGGUUGCUGGGUGUGGAUCUCUACUACGGCUAUGAUGCACGCUAGGAGUAGUGUUGUACUGUUUGGCGUAUGGCUGUACUGUGCCGUGUUUCUCUCUUCCGGCGUUCACCGUGUAUUUGAGUCGCAUGCGCACGGCGUCACGUGCCCUUGCUCUUCGUCUGCUUGCUUGCUUGUUUGUCUGUGUGCAUCUCGGCUUGCUCGUUUGUCGGUAUGCAACUCUGCUUGCUCGUUUGUCUGUAUGCAUCUCGGCUUUGCCUGUUUGUCUGUAUGCAUCUCGGCUUUGCCCAUGUUGCUGUGUACCUGCCAAGGGAGCCAGGGGAGGUUUUCCGUCAUCAUCUGCUACCACUGCUAUCAAUUUCUUUAUUUUCACCAUGUUUUGUUUGUUUUGUUUCGCUUCGUGCCAAUCUCAUGCUACUUGUUAGAGAACACCGCGUUUUAGAUCAUGAAAUUUCGCUUGUCAGAACACGUGUCUGCAUUGUUUUAUUCCCAUGGCGAAGUGAGGCUUGGGACACUGUUUGUCUGUUUCUUUCUUCUUGUGUUGCUAUGUUCCUUAUUAUCCGAGGGAAAUGCCCUCCUCUCCCCCCCCCCCCCCCCCAACACACACACGACCAUGUCUGCCUUCCUGGCCUCCUGUGUGUGGUCUCCUCGUAUCUAAAAUAAUGAUUUUUUAACAGAAUUUGUAUCUAUGCUCCAGGCAGAACCUGAUGAUAAAGAUUGCUUGGUAAUACAGAGUAAUGGCA